AUGUGGAUAUUGGUUGUAUAUUUGGUUGUGAUUGCGUCAACAGUUCCGAUAGAGACCGAGACCGAUACGGACAUUGAGAACCAGGCUCAAGCAGCUCCGGCGGCUCCAAUAAGAGCGGCACCCGAUAACGACACUACGAACUGCAAAGAUACCCUCAGUGACUGUUCUCGGUAUCAAAAAUUGUGCACGAACGAAAGAUACAAGCACGUGAUGAUCACACAAUGUGCCAAAACAUGCAAUUUAUGCGAGACCCCGUGCUUGGAUAGAACUCCAAGAUGUGUCGAAUGGAACAACAAUGGAUUCUGUUCGAGCCAAUUCUACCCGUCUUCAAUGAAAGAGUUUCUCUGUGCCCAAACGUGUAAAAUAUGCGAUAGCCCUGGAUCCACUACUGAAAAGAAUAUGCGUUGUAUUUUUUUGAUACUCUCGACUAUCUGCAUCGCAUCGAUAUACGGCCAAUGGGGUCCUGGAAUGAUGGGCCCGAUGGGAAUGGGAAUGAUGGGCCCGAUGGGAAUGGGAAUGAUGAGACCAAUGGGAAUGGGCUCUAUGGGAAUGGGCCCUAUGGGAAUGGGACCUAUGGGAAUGGGACCUAUGGGAAUGCGUCCAAUGGGAAUGGGAUUCGGACCUUACGGUAUGCGUGGUCCGUACGGAAUGAGAAAUCCAGCUCGAGGAGCGAUGGUCGGUGCAAUGCUGGGCAGCAUGAAUAUGCGAAACCUUUGCCUCCUUAUCUUGGUAGCUCUCUGUAUUGCAACUACGAUAGCUCAGUUUGGUGGCAUGUACGGACCGUAUGGUGGACGACCGUAUGGAGGAGGUUAUGGACCAUACGGCGGUAGACAAUAUGGUGGCAUGAGACCGUACUAUGGUAGACAAGGACCUUACGGUUAUGGUGCUAGAGGAAAUCCUGUACAAGGAGCAAUGAUGGGUGCCAUGAUGGGCGCUAUGAUGGGCUGA